GGCCCCAGCGACUAUCCUGUCACACCACUUUGAAACACAAGGCGCCUUGACACCAUUAGCAAGAUGAAAAUAUCUAGUACGCGUCUUGUGCUGUUGACGGCCGGGGUUCACGGGGUGGCUGCGAGAGAAGCGCUCCAAUCCGCCGCCGUUAAUGCUAAUGGGGAGGGUCGUACCUUGACCCCCCAAAACAAUUACAAUGGCUGGGUCAAUCCUGAAGAUUUGGCUCCUAUGCCACAGUGCAUCGCUCAGCAGGAUCAAUCCACCUGGCUGAGUACCAUGACGAAAUGUACCAGCAAACAAUGCACCUCGCACUUUGGAUUUAUCUGCACCCACCACCAAUGGCUGACUCAGCUCAGCUGUCUCAGCAUUGGAUUUUCCUCCGAUGUUAUUGAAGGUUAUCUCCCAUACUGUGGUAGAUCAGUACUCGCCAAAGCGCAGUUGUAUCUAUGGAUCCGUAAAAUCACCGGUCGAACAUGGCUUGUUGAUGUCGGCGACGCGAACGGGCUGCAAAAUCUCUCCCCGGCCUCCCUAGCUGAAGGCUACGCGGCCGUGGACGUGACUUACAAUGCACCAACAUGCCUAACCGGCUCGGUUUCUGCUCUAUCAAUGGAACCAUUUCAACAUGUAAUGGCCUCCUGUAGUUUCACAAGCACGACCCAACAUACCGGAAAUGCCGCUCGCCCUUGGGAAUAUAGUGAAUCCCUACGGUCCAUGAUUGCUCUGGAUUUUGAAACUGUUGGUUACGAUCUCACUCGGGGUAGCAUCGGAUAUGGCGACUAUUUUGAUAAAGAAUGCUUCUGCAGCGCCUUCGCUAUAGAACCGGAACCCUGUUCAAGUUCAGGGCAGUUAGACUUGACGAAGGAGCGGCUAUGGAUUAAUGCCACCUGUGGGUCGACGCUCUUACCCGAUAACUGGACGGACAUACUCAAAACCACGGAAUUCGCGUGCAUUCCCAUCGAAGACUGGCACUGGCCCAUGUGUGUCGUGGAUAUGCCGAAGCAGGUGAUCGAGCUUACAGAUCAGUGUGCAACCGAUGCUUGUGAGCCUGACUCAAGUGGCUACUGCAAAGUCAAGCGCGCAGUUGACAGGGCUUGCUUUUGCCGCGACAUUAGUUACGAUUCCUGCGGAGGUUCGUGCCAGAUAUUCGAGACCCGAAUAGACUAUAUAAACUGGCUCCACGAUCUUUGUAGCAAUGUGCAGGACUGGCACGGUCUGCCAGAUAAUUGGCGUCAAUUAGCCGCCCCUACCCCUCUCGACAUGAUUCCAUGGCGAUGGACUAUCAAACCAUCCAACGAUUCAAACAUUACCUAUAUCACUCGUUUGGGAUCUAUCAAGUCAACGGAAACAUGUGCCUCGAAUGAGUGGAAGCUCGGAAGCUUUGCUCUAGUGAAUAUAGCUACUUUCUUUGCCGCAUUUCUCCGCCAGAGAACAAGCAUACAUCGAAUCGCACGCGGCUUUCAAUGGCACCAGCACCCAUGGUGUUGGUUUUUCAAGGGGACUUUGAUCGCCGCUCUUCAACUCCUUGCAAACUGGUUCAAUACACUUCUGGUCCAAAAAACCCCUGGUUAUGAGGACGUUCCCGUUAUUCAAUUGAUGCUCCUCUGGUGCUCAAUGCCUCGGCUUGCUUGGCUAACGAUUUUGCUGAUUGGUGUACAACCAUUUGAAGCUAUGAAUUUCUCCGCGGCCGCGUCUUCUUUAUUUGCGGAAGUUAUCCUCCAAUUUGUAUCAUCAUAUUACAUGGUUAUGACCGUCAAUUAUGGUCGAGAACACGACUUCUACUUUGGAGCUCUAGAAAGGGCGGAUAGAGGGAUACCAGCAAAAAUCAUGUAUGCUGGUGCACUCAUAUGGCUUUUUAUCAUUAGCCUGGCGCUCGUUCAGUUAAUACGGGCUACAUGCAAGGUGAAUAGGUUGACUGGAUCUGGCAGCCUCGAUUUACCAAAGUGGCAGAGAGGCAAGCAGACAACAUCGAGCAUUGCGGAGGAGCUGAUGGCCCAGUUGAAUGAACGUUGCACAAGGUUAAUGGAACAGUUGGCAUAUUAUUGGAUGGACAAGAGUAGGGACUCAGAAGAAACACCGUUGACGAGCAGCGAGGGAGGAGAUUACAGGGUGUAUGGCACUUUCUCUGUUAAAGGCCAAAACAACUGGGCAUCCCAGAAAGCAUCUGUGGAACUGUAUGCAGCCACGGUAAUUAGCAUGCUCCUUCUUUGGAUUGCGCAGUGGCUCUUUUGGGGUGGAUUUAUUAGUCUUAGUUCGGAAGAGUUCUGCCCCCCUAAGCUUGGGGUUCUCACGGCUGUCUGGAUUGCUUUCUCAGUGGCAGGCGCUACUAUUGGGGCUACUUGAUAAAGUACAUAACUUAGUUCAUAAGGGGCCAGAGCACCUUAUCGUACAACGCGUGCAGGACUAUCUUAACCGGAUUCCUGUGUAUUUUCAAUUUGUCAGGGGCUAGGCACGGAGUAUCUCCGCUCCACUAUUCAAGCCAAGCUAUAUUGUUUCAGUACUUUUGGGAUACCGGUAAGUGCUUUCUCUUCAAGUGGAG